CCUUUGCUCGCACUUCUACGUGCUCGCAAACAUUUACACAUCGCCACAUCGGAGAUGCACACAUGCACACCCAUUUUCCUGCAAACACUCGGCGCGCACGUCCUUCCGCGGCCGCCCGUGUCCUGUCUCUCACCCGGACACAGGCAUUUACACACGUAGGCCAGGAAAGCGCUACCCACGGUCCUGUGACUCCACGCACGUCCUCAGAACACACCGUUUACACUGAACCGAUCGGCGACCACAGACAAACCUACCAACAAGUCUACUGGCUGGAAUUCAUCUCCAUGGCAACAAACAUGGAAGGUGGAGAAUUGACUCCUGCAGGAACCCUGAAGAGCCAUCACGAUGCACCAGUGAAUAAUGAGUAGCACCUACUGCAACAAUUCUUCAGCUAAGAUGAGUGUCAACGAAGCUUCUGAAUCCUCCCCGACUCUGGAGCAAAAGACCGGCUUUGUUUUUGUGGGCAUCUUGUGCAUUUUCUUGGGACUUCUCAUUAUCAGAUGCUUCAAGAUUCUGUUAGACCCGUACAGCAGCAUGCCCUCCUCCACAUGGGAGGAUGAAGUGGAAGAGUUUGAUAAAGGGACCUUUGAGUAUGCACUUGCCUGACGGUGGCCCCAGCUUCAUGCCUUUCCCAGUUGCCAUUGUGACACACGGUAGACACAUUUCACAGUUAGCUCAACUGUGCUGCUAGAGAGAGGAUCAUUCCAUUCACAGAAUUCAAUAAACAUCUGUGGUUGAGUUGUC